AUGUCAGAUCUGGUGAAGUUUCCAGUUGUACUUCCUAGAAAGGGUCAUAUAACAGAGCUUGUUAUACGGCAUUAUCAUGACAAUGUUAAACAUCAGGGUCGCGGAAUGACUACGAAUAUUAUUCGGAAUAAUGGACUCUGGAUUAUUGGUUGUAGUUCGGCAGUUUCUCAUGUAAUUUUGAAAUGUGUUGUUUGUCGUAGGCUAUGGUGUUCCUUUGAAGGUCAUAAAAUGGCUGACUUGCCAUCUGACCGUCUAGAACCAUCUCCCCCAUUCACGUAUUGCGCAGUAGACUAUUUUGGUCCAUUUUAUGUUAAGGAAGGGCGAAAGGAAAUGAAGCGCUAUGGGGUUCUGUUCACUUGUCUAGCCUGCAGGGCAGUUCACGUUGAAACGGCUACGUCCUUAGAAACUGAUUCAUUCAUCAGCUCUUUAAGACGGUUCAUUGCAAUCAGGGGUCCGAUUCGUCAGCUUCGUUCUGACAGAGGCACUUUUAGUUUUUACUAA